UUGGGGUUGACGAAAUAAAAGAGGGUCCACAUGGAGUAUUUGGUGUUAGUGAUGAAGCCUUUCAAUGAUAUAGAUGGGGAAAACAACAAUUGAUGUAUGUAAAGAAUCCCAUUCCUCUUUUUCCUGCUUGCUCCGCCGCACGAGUGGUAGAAUCAUUCCAGCCCUAGGUUUUGGUUAUGGAUGGUGACAGGGAAAAAGAAUUGGUAUGAUCAUUUUUUACAAAGGAUUGAUGUCAACUGUGCUGCUCUUUCUGAGAGAUUGUUGAGGCUUCCACUGCUCUUGAAUGUGAAUAACCCUCUUUUAUGUUCAUCCGCUAGCAUAUAAUUUUCUUGUUCACGGAUCAAUCAAAACUCUUUUUGUGUUGGGUAGAAAGAAUAUGGAUCCACCUCACAGUGAUAUGAACAUUCCGUAAGAAGGGAAUUUUAAAAGAUGGGUUUCACGAUGAACGGCUCCGAGGACGUGAAGGGUUUGGCAGCAUCGCUGGGAGAUCUACAAGUAGGGGCAUCACCAUCAUCACCAUCGAGGGAGAAAGAAAUAGAUUGGCUUGGCAAUGGUGAUGAUGUUGCUACCGAUGAUGGCGUGUGGGAUGAUGCUGCCAUCUUAGACAGGGAUUGGGCCCACAGGAAGAACCAGUUUGUUAAGAUGGGCUAUAGGGAUGGCAUAACAGAAGGGCAGAAGGAUGCUGCUCAAGAGGGCUUCAACAUUGGGUUUAGCCAAUCUGUGCAUGUUGGAUACAAGUGGGGACUCGUUCGGGGCAUCACUAGUGCACUAGAUAGUCUUCCCGACAGUCUAAAAGAAAAGUUGCUACCCGAUGCCCAGCGUAGAGGAGAACUUAAAGAUUUGCACAACUCUGUGCAAGAAAUUUCAUCCGAGGGUGCACUGCGGCUGUUUCAUGAGAGUAUUCUUCAGGAUAAUCGUCCACCGGAGGAAAACAGGCUCCAAACUGUUCCGAACGACCUUUUUCUGUUGUUGAACGAAUGCCCAGCUGUUCAGGUUCCUGAAGAGUUGACACGAGUUCCACAAGUAAGGUCAUAAAUGUAAUGGCCAGCAUCACUGACUUCGAAGUCUGGCAGAGUCACUUAGACUGAGUUUUUCUGAAUGAUGUAACUGUAAAAUAUGUGAUACUAAGUUUCUGUUCAGCGCUCACCCUUCCUUUGCUAUAAAACUCCUGUAAAUUCGCAGUCUGAAUGACAACAAUAAUAUUUUUCUUCCUGA